AUGCUGCAGGAGGCGGCGCGGUCGGUGGCGGCUCUCAAGCAGCCCGCAGCACUGAAGGACGUGCGCGAGGUGGGGGAGGAGGGGGCCGGGGCCGAGGGGGAGUGGUAUAACGGGGUCCUGGGUGAGGGGGAGGAGGUGCUGGCGUCACCGGGUGACGCCAUCAAGCAGCACGCGCAGCAGGACGGCGGGCAGGCGCCAGACCUUGCCAAGCUGGUGCUCAAGUACAAGGACCAGCCCAAGGCUGAGGAGGAGGGCGGCGCCCUGGAGGCCGCCAAGAAGAAGCGCAAGGCGGAGGGCGGCGGCGAUGAGGGCCACCGCCACAAGGAGAAGAAACACAAGAAAGAGAAGAAGGAGAAGAAAGAGAAGAAGGAGAAGAAGGAGAAGAGGAAGAAGCACCGCGAUGAGGAGGACAGCGACUGA